AUGAAAGGCCUCCUGCUUCUCUCUCUUGGUAUCCUUUUGGUUAUCUCAGGUAGCUCAUCUCAGAAUGUUGGGACAACCCAGGCUUCUAGUAGUUCCAGCUCUACCACCACGGCACAGACUCCAACCACUGGUGGUUCACCUCAGCCCUCUGUGACAACUCAGCCUCCUGGUGGUGCCAGCUCUCCUGCCACGGGACAGACUCCAUCCACUGGUGGUUCAUCUCAGCCCUCUGUGACAACUCAGCCUCCUGGUGGUGCCAGCUCUCCUGCCACGGGACAGUCUCCAUCCACUGGUGGUUCAUCUCAGCCCUCUGUGACAACUCAGCCUCCUGGUGGUGCCGGCUCUUCUACGGUGACUAGCACAGGUAAGAGUGGUCCCAGUGAUCCUUGCAACCCUAACCCCUGUGAAGAACCUGCUUCUUGUUUUAAGCUGCACAGCAGCCACUUCUGCUUGUGUUUAGAAGGCUAUUACUACAGCAACUCUUCAUCACCGUCAUGUGUGAAAGGAAAGACAUUCCCUGGAGAGAUUAGCAUGAGUGUGACUGAAACAGCUGAACUGGAAGAUAAAAACUCUGUGAACUAUCAAAAGUUGCACAACUAUGUUGUCGAUUUUUUUGCAGAAACAUUCAAUCAGCCUGACUUUGGACAGACUAUAAUUCUUAAAGUGAGCACGACCCCUUCAAUGUCAGCAAGAUCUGCAAUGCAGGUCUAUGUAUCAGUAGUAAAUAUGUUUAGGGAAGACACUACUGAAAUCGAAUACACUGUAUCUCUUGCGAUUCACAAUGCAAUUGAGAAGGAUGACAUCGUGGAAAGCUAUUUCAGUCAAAAUUUGUGUGAUUAUUAUGGUUGUGUAAGGAAUGGCAGCUUUUGUGAGGAUGGUUUACAAUGCACAUGCAAACCUGGGCUGGAUAGGCUGAAUCCGCAGGUUCCUUUUUGUGUUGCUGCUGUAACAUGCUCUGAGCCCUGCAAUGCAGAGGACAAGAAGCAAUGUGUAAAGUCGAAUAGCGGACCACUGGAGUGUGUGUGCAUGCCGGGCUACCAGAGGGCAAGCGGGAACGGGAAUUGUGAAGAGUGUCCCUUUGGCUACAGCGGGGUGGACUGCAAAGACCAAUUUCAGCUGAUCCUCACCAUUGUGGGCACCGUGGGUGGAGCCCUCAUCCUCAUCUUGCUGAUUUCUUUUAUCGUCACCGUGAGGUCAAUGAACAAAAAGAAGAAAGUAGAAGAGCAGAAGCUGAAUGAGGAAGACCGUCAUAACUUACGACAAACCAGCUUCUCCAACUAUGGAGCAGACAACAGCAUCUUCCCCAAAGUCAGAACAGGAGUUCAGAAUCAGACCCCUAAUCCAGCAAAGCAUGCCCGGCGCUGACUGCUAGAAUGAUAAGAAUGUGGAGCUCUCCCUAGACAGCCCACACAAGCUGCAAUCUUAAGGACAAGGAGAAAUGGGCAGAGACAAAGUUUGACCUCUAGCAAUCCUCUGCACUGGUUGCCAACCCCUCUGGAUGAGGACCUGCAUGAAGAACACAGCUUGCUGAAGACACACCCAUCAAAUUAAAUGCACAUAGAGACUA